AUGUUUAAUAAAUUUCAAAUAAUCUUAUUUUUAAUUAUUUUUACAUUUAUUAAUUUAAAUAUUAAUUUUAUUGAAUCAAAGAAUAUUUUGAAUAGGAGGGGACAAAAAAUAUUUUUAAAUAAAAAAAGAGAAAUUUCAAAAAAUUCAACAAAAAUUAAAGAAAGCGAUGAGAAGGAAGAAGAAUUUUUUAUAGAUUUUGCAAUGCUUUCGUAUGAAUAUAUUGAUGAUUAUGCUAUUUAUGAUUAUUUUGAUAAUUGUUUUUAUGAGGAGGAAGAAUUUGAAGAAUAUUGUUUUAUGGAUAAAAUGAGUACUCCAAUUAAUGCUAAAUUUGAUGAUGAAACACUAUUUGACGUUGAAUUCUUUGUUGAUGAAAUUGUUGAUAUUGAGGGGAAUACAAUUGUAAAUAUUAGCAGAAAUACUAAUUUUUGUCUUUAUCAUAUGGUCUGUGGCAAAACCAUACAAGGAAAUACAAAAGAUAUUACAAAAAUUUCAAAUGCUUUAAAUGCUCAUUAUGAUAUUUCUCGUUAUUAUUUGGACGGUUUAUGUAAUGAUACUAAAAUAAAAAGAAAUAAAUUAGGGUUAAAGUUUAAUGAUGCAAAUAUUACAAUUAAUUUUGAUGGAAGUGAUUUGGCUGGAUAUAGUGUAAAGAUUUGUUAA